UGCGGGCCCAAGGACAGACACGGCAUUCAUCACAUGGACAAUCAUCCGUCAACGACCACUUUUGGACGGAUGACUUUUGGAACUAUCGGGUUUCGGAACUUCCAUUGCAUAUCGAUCAACACGCACCUCACCGCUGAGCCACACCUUGCUUCGAUGCAUGAAGCAGUGGCUAUUUAUUCCGGCUCAAGUUGGGUGCGUUUCAUUUCGGCCAUAACACGACAUCGGCCUUCUGAUGAGUAAUGCGAUGCUCAUGGCAAAGGGCAUGGAUAUCGGCUGGCCUUUACCAUUUACACCUCAUACCAUCUUACGACGUUCCGCGUAUACGCUUUCUGGAACAUACCUGGGCAUUACUUCACUUCUUUGGCACAUCUCCACUUCAACAAGCCUGUGGAGAGAAGAACACAUCGGCACUACCACGCAAUGCCUGCCACUGCACUGGCACCAUCGUUGUUGGACAUUCUUCUUUUAAUUUCUUUUUAAUUCUUCCUGGGGCUAGCCCAGGAAAACAACGGGAUGCUGCCUUUCGAAUGGCAUGCUUGGGUGGGCAACACAUCAGCUGUGGUUGCACAGGAUUCAUCGAUGGACAGGCUUAGGAUCUCAGGCACUUCUGUGCAGGGCGGGAAGCGGAAGGGCUAUGCAACGUGGCUCGCUGGCAUUCUCAAGACGACAGCUUGAGCAUGGGGACCCGGGCCUGACGAGGAGGGUGGAAAGAGAGCAAAGACGGUUUUGAGUAGGCGACUGCAAGAGCAACUGCGGAGACUUUGGUGACUACGGCACGACUCGUACCUGGUGCUUCAUAGUUUGCAGAUUGAAAUCAAUCACUUCUCGUCCUC